UAAUGCUUUACUUGACUUAUAAGUAACUUAUAAACGUAAAAGCAUGAUUACGAAUUUACGACAAAAUACUGUAUAAGCCAUAAGACCUUAAAAUACAAAAUUUGGAUAUUUUUUUCACGUAUAAUUGUUGAGCUGAAUAUAGGGCUAGUAUAGCCCGGUAUGAGUAACGUGUAUCAUCAGAUAUGUAGUAUGUACCUACCUCCAUAAUGAGUUUUAAACUGAAAAUUAUAUAAAUGUGUAAGUUUCGAAUUUCUAGAAUGAUAAUUGAUAAUUUAAAAAGAAAGGUAUAAGUUCGAGUACGAGUAAGUAAAAAUAAAACUGUACAUUAAAUGUUUUAAAAAGCAUCUACCACUUAAUAAAGUAUAAUAGUCAAAUGCGACUACUGGAAAAUAAAUUAAAAUCUUGUAGGUAUGUUAGGUGCAGUGUUAAAACAUUUAAACAUGUAAUGCAUGUGAGGGUGUGUUCAAAAGGGGGGACGAGAGGCCGGAUCGAACAAAAACAGAGGGGGAACGAUAUGAGCACGCCCAGCCCACUUGGCCAAUCCGGAACACAAGCCAAUCCCUUCACCGGUGGGCUGUAAAAUGUGUGAAUGAUGAAAAAAUAGUACUACGGCGACGUUAAAAAUAAAACGAUUUUAGUGACGGGAGAAAACGGGAUGACAGAGAAAUAGACCAGUAUUGGUGAAAGGUUCGCGAGUUUCGGUGUUGUUUUUUCGCCACCUUUAAAAAUCUGUCCUGGUUAAAUACUAUAGCCACGAGUGUGUUGACAGGGUGAUAUUCGUUUGUUUUGCUUUGAGUUAUCUGUUUAAUUUUUUUUUGGGCAAUAAAAAAAUCAUCGUCCGCAUUUCACGGUGGCCAAUGUACAAUAAUUAUUGUCGUGUAAAUCAGCCGCGGACGUUUUACACUUUUGUAUAUACUUGUUUUCCCAUAGUGAUGAAUAAUAUCAUUUUUAAAAUAUUUUUUUGCCACUGAAUAAACGGUUGAUACAUUUUUUAUAAGAGUGAAAAAAAUAUCUGUGUUGACAAAAUAAGUGUUUAAGGGGUGGUCAGCAUGCACCCGUUUUAUAAUACAUAUAGCAGUGGUGGGAACGUUGAACACCUGUAUGAUGACAAUUGGGUAGUGCCACCAUCAAAUACACCGAUGAAGGAUAUUGAAGCAUGUUUAGAAACUGUAUCGAGUACAAAUAUACAAGCAAUUAAAUCGACUUCUCAUCAAUCAUAUCUAUCAGCAGAUAGAAAAAGGUUGGAUGUAGUGGCCAACAGUCAAGAACAUCCCAAACUUUCUGGAGUUGGUGCCGCAUUGGAAAUGAAACACUUAUGGGAAGAGUUUAACGAGCUCGGUACAGAAAUGAUCGUUACUAAAGCUGGCAGAAGAAUGUUCCCUACAUUCCAAGUUCGAUUGUAUGGUUUGGAUCCAGUAGCAGAGUAUAUGCUCAUGAUGGAUUUUGUUCCUGUAGAUGAUAAGAGAUAUAGAUACGCAUUUCAUAGUUCAAGCUGGGUGGUCGCUGGUAAAUCGGAUCCUAUAUCACCCCCUAGAGUACAUAUUCAUCCAGAUUCACCGGCUUCUGGAGGACAGUGGUUGAAACAAGUCGUCUCAUUCGAUAAACUUAAGUUGACCAACAAUCAGAUGGAUGACAAUGGGCAUAUAACACAAUUAAAAAUCGCUAGUAAUCCAUUCGCAAAAGGAUUCAGAGACUGCGAGACUGAAGAAUGUGGCCCUAUGUCUAUUGAUAGUGAACCACAAGCCGCCAAUAAUAAAUUGCAAUGCAAAAAAAAUGUCACUGGAAUCCAUAACAACAAUAAUUGCGUUCAGUUCCCAAAUAAAGAAUCAACAGGAAGUUUGGGUGUGAUGGAGAACAUGUACAACAGCGACAGUUCCUCAUCUGCUUCGCCGCCACACAUGCAGGCUACGACGCACGGCCAACACCAAAUGCCUCUGAAUGCAUCGACAGCGGCUACUACCGCAACCGUACCGGUCACGCCUUACCUAAGCCAAGUGUGCAAUUAUGGACCGAUAUUCGCAUCGCCUGCAUAUGCACAUCAUAACUACUCGCCGUUUCAUGGAUAUGACAGACUACAUCAAAAGAAUUCUAACACUGAGAUAGCGACCGGAUACCAUAUGUCUUACCAGCACCAUUACCACCAUAGGCCUUCCACAUUUCAUGGAGCUCAAAAAACAUCCAAUACAUAUUUGCAAAAUGAUUACGCGCCCAGGUAAAAGGCGUUCUUGUCGAAACAGUA